AUGGCCCUGUCAGAACUGCCACUGCGUCAACCAGGGCCCGACCGGCGUUGCACGGACCUGCUCCAGCAUCAGCGCCAAUCCAAGGCCAACCCCCCGGCUGCACCUCCGAUCGAGGCUCAUCAUCCGACUACGGCUGCUGCGACGACCGCCAUCACAGAGCAGCCCAGACAACAGACAAACCAUGUUCCCGUUGUGACCGGCAAUUCCUUCCUGGCGGUAGAAGCUCCCGCACCAGCAGCAUCCCCUGCUGCCAACUGCGAUGCAAUGUGGCAAAAGCACUUGAAGCACAAGCACCUACCUAGAGGCUCCAAGCCUGUCGCCUUUGUCGGUGAGGGCGCCGCCAACGCAGUCUUUGAGAUCAAGGUUCCCCAACACGGGGCAUCCGAUCACAAUUUCAAAGGCCUGCUGCUCCGCGUCGCCAAGGUCCCAGCACUCGGCCAACCCACCGUGUACAACUACCUCUUUCAGCAAACCUUCUACCAGACAACCAUCCGCCCGCUCCUCGGCAGCCAUGCUAUCCAUCAAGAGCUCGUCAUCCUCCGCAACUCGGGCAUCAUCGACGAGCUCAACCGCCUGCUCCAGGCCCUCGACCAUACCCGCAAGCCCAAGUUUCGCGGCUCCUUUGUCGGCCAGUCCGACUGGGGCCUCCUCAUCGAGGACAUGCGGCCUGAUCCUAAGGCACUGAGGCCGCGCCUGCUCGUCGAGUUCAAGCCUAAGUGGCUCUCGCAGUCGCGCAGCGCCCCGACACGCGCCGUCCGCUGCCGCCAGUGUGCCCUCGAGCUCCAGCGCAUGCUCAGCCGGCCCGCCGCCGGCACCGCGGCCUUUGCCCCUGAGCGCAAGCCGUGUCCCUUGGCGUUGGUCGAUGAGGAGUCGCCCACGCCCGUGGCCUCGCCUUUUCGCAUCGCGCCGCACCUGGCCGACUUGCCGGAACGGGAGCGCCUCAGGACGUCCCUGCAGCAUAUUCUGCAUGAUCCGUUCCUGGAGGACCUCUGCGCCCAACAGGAGGGGCUGGACGUGACAGGCCCGCUAGAUGCCAGCCCUGACGACAAGAACUUUGGCAUCGCCAUGACGAUACGUGACUGCACAUGCUUUGCGCUGAUCCCCAAGGACGAAGCCGCCCGCGACGUGGGGGACAUCAAAAUUCGGCUCGGAGACCUGGACUGGAAGGAUCCGCACACCAAGAUCCAGCACUGGCGCGGCACCGAGGAGUCACUCAUUGACGGUGGCUUCUACACAGCCGACUGGAUCCUUUACGACGGUGUCUACUACUACCCGCCGACGCUCUGCUUGCUCGAGUGGAAGCCCAGGUCGUCGCCGACCAGCCCGCCGGACGUCAUACAGCUGCAGAAUACGGCAGCAGCAGCAGCAGCAGCAACAGCCACCAGCCUGCCUACGAACGGCUCUGCCGCCGAAACACGUGUGUUUAGACACCAUGUGGCAGACACCGCCGCGCUUCGGGCAAAAUUGCAGCCAUACCACGGCGGUAGCAACGCGGCGGCGGCCGCCCUCGCGAACCCGCACCGCCCGCCGCCGUACUGGACAGCGCAACUGAUGCACACGCUUGCACUUCAUAGAGAGCGUGGUUAG